GUGCUGGACGGGUCCCCCAUCGAGGUGACUUUGGCCAAGCCGGUGGACAAGGACAGCUACGUGAGAUACACGCGUGGCACGGGCGGCAGGGGCCCGGUGCUGCCGGGGGAGUACACCUACACCUUUGGGCACGUGUACGACCCCGCCGCCGCCUACCUGGGCGCCCCGGUGUUCUACGCGCCCCAGGCCUACGCCGCCAUCCCCAACCUGCACUUCCCCGCCACCAAGGGGCUCAGCAGCAGGAGCAUCAUCCGGCCCCCCUCCAUCCGAGAAAUUUACAUGAAUGUACCUGUAGGGGCUGCGGGAGUUAGAGGCCUGGGAGGUCGCGGCUACCUGGCGUACACGGGCCUGGGCCGAGGAUACCAGCUCAAAGAAAAGAGGGGAGAGGACAAACUCUACGACCUCCUGCCAGGGAUGGAGCUCACGCCGAUGAACCACGUCACACUAAAGCCCCAAGGGAUCAAACUCGCUCCUCAG